CUCCAUCCUAGUGCACAUAAUGUCUGCGCAAAUACGUCAUAUUGGAAAGCUUUCUUUAGAAAGCACUGCAUUUUUGCUCUGUGAUAUUCAAGAAAAGUUUCGCUCAUCAAUUCAAUACUUUUCUGAAAUUUGUGUAGUUGCUCAACGUCUUGUUACAGCCGCAAAACUUCUGGAUAUACCCGUUGUGGGAACAGAGCAGUAUCCAAAAGGGUUGGGACAUAUUGUUGAAGAAAUAGACACCUCUAAAAUGAAGAUUUUUGAAAAGACAAAGUUUUCUAUGUCACUCCCUGAAGUCCAUAGCUACUUGGAAGAAGUGAGACCAAAUUUGAAGUCAGUGGUUUUGUUUGGUAUUGAAGCUCAUGUUUGCGUUAUGCAAACUGCUUUAGAUUUGUUAGAAAAAAACUACGAAGUUCAUAUUGUUGUUGAUUGUUCUUCAUCUCGUACUAUGACUGAUAGGUUAUUUGGAUUUGAAAGAAUUCGUCAAUCAGGUGGUUUUAUAACAACAAGUGAAGCAGUGUUGUUUAUGUUACUGCAAGAUGCUAAACAUCCCAAAUUUCGAGAAGUUCAAAAAUUAGUUAUGGAGUCUGCUCCAUUUCAAGCCUUGGUUCCAAAAGUUUGAACUUAUUUAAAAAUUUCAUUUAAUGUUUUUUCAUUAUUACUUUAUACAUCUUUUGCAGAAUUUUAUAAAAAUAUAUUUUCAUUCUUUUAGUUUAAUUUCUGCAAUUUUAAUGUAAAAUUAAUUAUAGUCAUUGCUUUUUUGUGUAUUUUUAAAUAAAGGUAAUAUUAGUAUCACUAAGUAUUUUACCAUUUUUUAGCAUUUAUGUUGUUUGUGAACAAAGAUGAUAUGGUUUUUUUUUGAGAAAGUUUUAUAUUUGUUUUUUGCUUUUAUUUUUUUGUUUUUGAAAUUAAAUUUUUUCAUUUUA